ACGAUACGAUACAUAGUGCGGUUAAAUUUAUAUUAUUAAUUAGAAUAUAAAAUAGAAAUGAAAUUUUGGAUUAUUUUUACAAUAAUUGCAGUAAUUGCAACUUUAGUAAUUACAAAUAAUGCUUUGGAAAUACCGGAGCAUCUUAAAAAACAUGCUAGAAAAUUACAUAAACGUUGUCAAAAUCAAACAGAAACACCAGAUGAUAUCAUAAGAUCAAGUCUAAAGGGAGAGUUACCCAAAAAUAAAAAUUUUGAAUGUUAUGUACACUGCAUAUUCGAUAUUAUAGGAAUCAUGGAUGAAAACAAUAUAAUACGUAUAGAACUUUUAACACAAGUUCUACCGGAAGAAUUACAUCCAACAUUAACAAUGUUAUCGGAUAAUUGUGGCACCAAAGAGGGAAGUGACAAAUGUAAUAUUGCCUACAAUACUUUGCAGUGUUAUAUUGAUAACAAUCCUCUCAUGGUAAAACAAGAUUUGGAAUUUCUUUUUGAUUAAAAGAUUACAAUUUUAAGUGUAUUUACCUGUAAAGUGUAUUAUUUUCCACUCUUAAUAAAAA